CGCAACAGAGCGAUUGAUACCAUCCGCAAUCUAGGACUUCCUUCAAACGGAACCAAACCAAGGCAGCCAUGUCUUCGGAAACCCCGCACAUCCGUGGAAGCGAUGGUGGGAACGAAACGCCGUCUUUGCCGUGUACGAAUAAGAGUGCAGCUGCGAACGUGACCAUCGGACAACAAUCGCAGCCGCAGACCAAGACCGACCCUGUUGCCUCCCAGCAGCAACAGCAACUUUAUCCAAAACCCCAUCCAACCAUGCCAUCUCCGCUGUAUUCCAACUUUGCUAGCAGCAGCAGCAACAACAACAACGGCCUGCCCAGAGCCAACAGAAGCAGCCAGAUCUCCGCAAGCCCGGCCUCGGGCACUGCUUCUCACUGCCCGAGCACCAGCAAUUUACAUCCCCGCUUCACCAAAGGCGAGGGCGUUCCGGAGCCGAGGCCGACCGAUGUGAUCUGCGGCCGGGGAAAGAUGACGGCCUCUCACCCGGCCAACCGACGGUUUCGGGAGCUGGUGGAUUCCCACAAGGCCUCCUACCAGAAUUCCAAGCGACGGGACGAAAAGACGAGGAUCACCUGCGAGCUGGUGGACAAGCUCCGGGGGGAGGGGAGGUGCGUUCCUGCUGCUUGUGCUUCGUUGUGUUGUGUCAUAUGGUGGUGUACUGUAUAGCAUAGCGCAAAAUACUCUAUUGCUUCUUGGCCUUUGUUCUGACCGUGCUAUUUUCCUUUUUGGUUUGCAGGUUUGUCUUGUUCGAUCCCCACACUAAGCUGUGGUACGAGGUAUCGGAAGAGUAUGCACGGGAAAAGGUGUCCCAUUCGCUGCGGAGUCGCUCMUCGAGCGACCAUCGCACCAUAAGCAAUACCGGUACUUCAAGUAGCAACGUCCCACAAAAGGUGCCAGGUAGCAACGGCAACAACGACAGCAACACUGCUGUAGCCAUCGCCCCCAGAUCAGAAGGAACAUCCAUCGGGAACAGCUCCUCUCCGGCAAUUUCUGUUCCCGUCACUUCAAAGAAUCCAGCUUCCACUAGCAGCAGCAGCGAUGCCAUCAAUUACAACCAGUUCGUUCCCAAUUCUGGCGUUGGCACCGUAACAAAGAAAAAUGCUUCCAGCACCAGCGGUGGAAGCCUCUCAGGCAAAUCAAAAACCACCGGGGGCAAAAAGAAAACAAAGACCAUCCCGCACAAGACCACCCACUCGAGCAGCAGAAGCCUCAAGGCCUCCAAGAAUUCUCUCGUGAGCCCCGACCUGGACGAGAUCGUCAAGCGCCUCAUCUGCGACCAGCAGGAGCUCCUGCGGGGGAUGAUACAGAAGGAAACGGAGCGCUUCACCUCGGCGGCGGCCAUGGGGCCACCCCCACGGCCCAUGCCACUCUCGUUCCGGGCCGAGGCAUCGGCGGUCUCGACGCUAACGGCCUCCCUGCCCAAGAUGGGGACCGCUGCGGCCCCGCCGGACUACCGGCCCCAAGCCGGCGGGAGCCACGCCGGCACCGACCCCGCAUCCGUCGGUGACGCAUCCAAGGCGACGGCGCCCCCGAACGCCGCCGUCGCACCCGCGGGAUCCGUGGGGGUUGGUUCGUCGGACGGCACCAAGGAGGCGCAGCGAGCGGCCGCCGGUGCACCCUCGGCGACGGCCUACGGAAGAUUGCUCGUGCAGAACUGAAUCCAUUCGAUUCGAAUCGAAUCGAAUCACACGAAAUCGCAUCGAAUCUAACGCUUCGCUGCACCAUCCACUAGGGAGCAAAACCAAGAGGUGCGACCAGUUCGACAGAUUUUGAGAAAACAUUGAUCAGAACCUUCAACGACAAACAUUCAUGUUCUGUCACUUAGAACAAAGUAUUCCAUCUGUCAGGAAAAAGCUGAAGACAGCGAUGAAGUAGUACCAAAGGAGAAGGUAUUUCUUGUGUUUCCUUCAACUAUGAUUCUCAAUCACCAAAUAAAAUCAAAAUCGACUA